GCCCUUUGGAGGAUUGGGGGGAGCGGAAACAUUCCCCAAUUUCUGACCAGGAAACACCCCGCUGGGCAGGGCUGGGAAAACGGACCAGAUUCCCAGUGCUGGAGCCUGACCCCACUGGCCAGAGGCUGCUGUGAAAUACGAAGGGAAGCUGUCGGGAUUCCUGUCCCCGUCCCCGGCUCAGAGCUCUGUUGCCCGUCUCAGCCUGUGGCUGGCAGGUGUGUGGGAAAUGAGAAGACCCUGCCCUGCUCCGUGUGCUGGGGGGACAAGGAGCUCUCGCCGUCUCCCACCCCCUGAAGCCUCCCAGCUACUCUGAGCAAGAUGCCGGUGACCUUCGAGGAGGUGGCUGUGUAUUUCACCCAGGGGCAGGGGGCUUUGCUGGACCCUGCUCAGAGAGCCCUCUACAGGGAUGUCAUGCAGGAGAACUACGAGACAGUGACCUCGCUGGGAUUUCCCCUUCCCAAACCUGGCCUGAUCACCCGGCUGGAACGAGGGGAAGAGCCGUGGGUGCCCGAUCUCCAGGCCUGUGAGGAAAGAGAGAUCCCAAGAGGUGCCCACACAGCAGGUGAUGAGAGAGUGAGUGAGAAGAAGGAGGGGAAUCAACAUCAGGAAAUUCCUGGGCACGGGGAACCACAGGGGAUUUUUGUGGGAAGAGCUGAAGGGAAUUUUUCCCAGUGCUUGGCACAGGGAGAAGCCUGGGGAAAUGGGCAGAGGUCAAAGAGGCUGCUGGGAAACCACUCAAGGGAGCAACUGGAUGGAUCUAUCAUAUGUGGGGAAGGACACAGGGAUCCCACAGCCGGGCAGACAACCCCCAAGGAAGACAAACGCUAUGAAUGCCUCGGUUAUGGGAAAGGAUUCAUUCUGAGACCGGCGCUUCUUACGCUUCAGGCAAUAAAUACUGGAGAGAAAACACUUCAAUGCUUGGACUGUGGGGAAAACCUCAAUAACCGCUCAGAUCUUACUAACCAUGGGAGAAGCCACAUGGGAGAGAAACCCUCUGGGUACCUUGAGAGCAGGAGUUGUUUGAAUUGGAAUUCAGCACUGAUUACACAUCAGAAAAUCCACACAGGAGAGAGAUCCCAUCAGUGCUUAGACUGUGGGAAAAGUUUCACAGAAAGGCCAACCCUUCUUAAACAUCAGGUAAUCCACACAGGAGAGAGACCCCAUAAGUGCUUGGCCUGUGGGAAAAGUUUCACAAGGAGAUCAGUCCUGGUUACACAUCAGAGAAUACACACUGGAGAGAGACCCCAUAAGUGCUUAGAAUGUGGAAAAAGUUUCACAGAAAGGCCAACCCUUCUUCAACAUCAGCUAAUCCACACUGGAGAGAGACCCCACAAGUGCUUAGACUGUGGGAAAAAAUUUGUACGGAGGUCAGGCCUAAUUAAACAUCAGAAAAUCCACACAGGAGAGAGACCCCAUCAGUGCUUAGACUGUGGGAAAAGUUUCAUACAGAGGUCAGACCUUGUUAAACAUCAAGCAGUCCACACCGGAGAGAGACCCCAUAAGUGCUUAGACUGUGGAAAAAGUUUCACAGAAAGGCCAACCCUUCUUAAACAUCAGGUAAUCCACACAGGAGAGAGACCCCAUAAGUGCUUGGAGUGUGGGAAAAGUUUCACAUGGAGAUCAGCCCUGGUUACACAUCAGAGAUUACACACAGGAGAGAGACCCCAUAAGUGCUUAGACUGUGGAAAAAGUUUCAUACAGAGGUCAAACCUACUUAAUCAUCAGACAACCCACACUGGAGAGAGACCUCAUAAGUGCUUAGAUUGUGGAAAAAGUUUCACAUGGAGAUCAGCUCUGAUUACACAUCAGAGAAUACACACAGGAGAGAGAUCCCACAAGUGCUUAGACUGUGGGAAAAAAUUCGUACGGAGGUCAGGCCUAAUUAAACAUCAGAAAAUCCACACAGGAGAGAGACCCCAUCAGUGCUUAGACUGUGGGAAAAGUUUCAUACAGAGGUCAGACCUUGUUAAACAUCAAGCAGUCCACACCGGAGAGAGACCCCAUAAGUGCUUAGACUGCGGAAAAAGUUUCACAGAAAGGCCAACCCUUCUUAAACAUCAGAAAAUCCACACAGGAGAGAGACCCCAUAAGUGCUUGGAUUGUGGGAAAAGUUUCACAUGGAAAUCAGCCCUGGUUACACAUCAGAGAAUACACACAGGAGAGAGACCCCAUAAGUGCUUAGACUGUGGGAAAAGUUUCAUACAGAAGUCAAACCUACUUAAUCAUCAGGCAAACCACACAGGAGAGAGACCUCAUAAGUGCUUAGACUGUGGAAAAAGUUUCACAGAAAGGCCAACCCUUCUUAAACAUCAGCUAAUGCACACAGGAGAGAGACCCCACAAGUGCUUAGACUGUGGGAAAAAAUUCGUACGGAGGUUUGGCCUAAUUAAACAUCAGAAAAUCCACACAGGAGAGACACCCUACCAGUGCUUAGACUGUGGGAAAAGUUUCAUACAAAGGUCCCACCUUGUUAAACAUCAAGCAGUCCAUACAAGAGGGAGACCAUAAGACUCUUGGAAAGGUUUCAGAAACAGAUUAGCCCUUAUAAAGAUCAGGCAAUCCACACACGCAAGAGAACCCCGUAAGUGCUUAGACUAUGGAAAAAUGUUUCAAAUAGAUGUCAUCCCUUGUUUUACAUCAGAGAAUCCACACAGAGGAGUAACCACAUAACUGCUUAGCCUGUGAAAGACCUUGUAAAUGGAGGUCAGAACUUGUUUCAAAUUAAGCAAUUCACACAGGAGGGACCCCAUAAGUGUUUGGACCAUGUGAAAAGUUUCACACAAAGAUCAAAUCUUAUAACACUCAGAGGAUCCACACAGGAGAGAGGCCCCAUCAGUGCUCAGACUGGAAGAAGAUAGUAGUGCUGUUGAUUAAUUGCUGUUAACUCGUGUGUUUAACUCAAAAAAAUCCAUUGUGGUUAGAAAAAUUAAUCUCAAUGAAUCACAUUGUUAAACAAUAGAAUACCAGUUGAAAUUUGUUAAAUGUUUUUAGAUGUUUUUCUGUGUUUUCGUAUCUAUUGAUUUCUCUCACAACAAAGAAUAGAAAGUGUACAGUGCUCACUUUAUGUUAUUUUUGAUUUCAAAUAUUUGUACUGUAAACAUGCAAAACAAAAAUAGUAUUUUUCAGUUCACCUCAUACAAGUGCUGUUGUGCAAUCUCUUUAUCAGGAAAGUGUAACUUAGAAACAUAGGUGAUUUUAAUUAUAUAAGUGCACUGAAAAAUAAAGCAAUUAAAAACUUUAGAGCCUCGAAGUCAACUCAUUGCUACUUCAUCAUCAUCUGGACCCACAGAAAAGAAGCCGUUGAGGAAUUCCACCAUGAUUUCAACAAUUUCCAUCCCACCAUCAACCUCAGCCUGGACCAGUCCACACAAGAGAUCCACUUCCUGGACACUGUGGGGCUAAUAAGCGAUGGUCACAUAAACACCACCCUAUACCGGAAACCUACUGACCGCUAUUCCUACCUACAUGCCUCCAGCUUUCACCCAGACCACACCACACGAUCCAUUGUCUACAGCCAAGGUCUACGAUACAACCGUAUUUGCUCCAACCCCUCAGACAGAGACAAAUACCUACAAGAUCUCUCUCAAGCAUUCUUACAACUACACUGCCCACCUGGUGAAGUGAAGAAACAGAUUGACAGAGCCAGAAGAGUACCCAGAAGUCACCUUCUACAGGACAAGCCCAACAAAGAAAAUAACAGAACGCCACAAGCCAUCACCUUCAGCCCCCAACUAAAACCUCUCCAACGCAUCAUCAAGGAUCUACAACCUAUCCUGAAGGACGACCCAUCACUCUCACAGAUCUUGGAAGACAGGCCAGUCCUUGCUUGCAGACAGCCCCCCAACCUGAAGCAAAUACUCACUAGCAACCACACAACAGAACCACUAACCCAGGAACCUAUCCUUGCAACAAAGCCCGUUGCCAACUAUGUCCCCACAUCUAUUCAGGGGCACCAUCAUAGGGCCUAAUCACAUUGGCCACACUAUCAGAGGCUCGUUCACCUGCACAUCUACCAAUGUGAUAUAUGCCAUCAUGUGCCAGCAAUGCCCCUCUGCCAUGUACAUUGGCCAAACUGGACAGUUUCUACGUAAAAGAAUAAAUGGACACAAAUCAGAUGUCAAGAAUUAUAACAUUCAAAAACCAGUCGGAGAACACUUCAAUCUCUCUGGUCACGCGAUUACAGACCUAAAAGUGGCAAUUCUUCAACAAAAAAACUUCAAAAACAGACUCCAAGGAGAGACUGCUGAAUUGGAAUUAAUUUGCAAACUGGAUACAGUUAACUUAGGCUUGAAUAGAAACUGGGAGUGGAUGGGUCAUUACACAAAGUAAAACUAUUUCCCCAUGUUUAUUCCCCCCCCCCCCCCACCCUCCACUGUUCCUCCAAUGUCAACUGCUGGAAAUGGCCCACCUUGAUUAUCACUACAAAAGGUUUUCUCCCCCCUCCUCUCCCCCCCCCCCUCCCCCGCUCUCCUGCUGGUAAUAGCUCAUCUUAAGUGAUCACUCUCCUUACCGUGUGUAUGGUAACACCCAUUGUUUCAUGUUCUCUAUGUAUAUAAAUCUCCCCACUGUAUUUUCCACUGAAUGCAUCCGAUGAAGUGAGCUGUAGCUCACGAAAGCUUAUGCUCAGAUAAAUUUGUUAGUCUCUAAGGUGCCACAAGUCCUUUUCUUUUUACUUCUUUUUCUGCCACUUGCUAAGACAAACCAGUUUGUUUACAUUUACGGGAGCGAAUGCUGCUUUGCUUCUAAUUUAUGAUGUCACCGGAAAGUGUGAGAAGGUGUUCGCAUGGCAUGUUUGUAGCUGGCAGCACAGGUAUUUAAGUGCAAGAUAUGCUAAACAUGCCUGUGUCCCUUCAUGCUUCAGCCACCAUUCCAGUGGAGGAUGCUCAUUUAAAAAAAAAUAAUGCAUUAAUUACAUUUUUGACUGAACUCCUUGAAGGAGACUUGUAUGUCCCCUGUCCUGUUUUACACACAUUCUGCCAAAUAUGUCAUCAUAUCGAAGUCACGGAGAAUGACCUAGCACAUGGGGGACACUUUCACUGCAGAUUUGACAAAAUGCAAAGAAAGUAACUAUCUGAGAUUUCUAAAGAUAGCGACAGCACUCGGCCCAAGGUUUAAGAAUCUGAAGUGCCUUCCAAAAUCUGAGACGGAUGAGGUGUGGAGCAUGCUUCCAGAAGUCUUAAAAGAGGAAGACAACUGAUUGGGAAACUACAGAACCCGAACCACCAAAAUAGAAAAUCAACUUUCUGCUGGUGGCAUCUGACUCAGUUGAAGAAAAUGAGCACAUGUCGAUCUGGUCUGCUUUGGAUCGUUAUCGAUUAGAACCCGUCGUUAGCAUGGAGGCAUGUCCUCUGGAAUGGUGGUUGAAGCAAGAAGGGACCUAUGACCCUUUAGAGCAUCUGGCAUGUAAAUAUCUUGCAACGCCUGUGCAAUAGUGUCACGCGAAUGCCUAUUUUCACUUUCAGGUGACAUUGUAAACAAGAAGCGGGCAGCAUUAUCUCCUGCAAAUUGUAACCAAACUUGUUUUUCUGAGUGAUUGGCCGAAGAAGAAGUAGGACUGAGUGGAGUUGUAGGCUCCAAAGUUUUACAUUGUUUUAUUUUUGAAUGCAGUUAUUUUUUGUACAUAAUUCUACAUUUGUAAGUUCAACUUUCAUGAUAAAGAGAUUGCAUACGGUACUAGCAGUUGGUGGAUUGAAAAAUACUAUUUCUUUUGUUUUUUACAGUGCAAGUAUUUGUAAUAAAAAAUAUAAAGCGAUCACUGUACACUUUGUAUUCUGUAAAAACAACGAGGAGUCCUUGUGGAACCUUAGAGACCAACAAAUUUAUUUGGGCAUAAACUUUUGUGGGCUAUAACCCACUUCAUCAGAUGCAUGGAGUGUAUUCUGUGUUGCAGUUGAAAUCAAUAUAUUUGAAAAUGUAUAAAACAUCCAAAAUAUUUAAAUAAAUGGUAUUUUAUUAUUGUUUAAGAGCACGAUUAAUCACGAUUAAUUUUUUUAAUCACUUGACAGCCCUAGAACAUAGUAAUUGUAGUAGUCUAUGUUAAUCUGUAACGAGAUAUAGAUUAACAGUAUAACCAAAGAGUUCCUGUCUAGAACUGUAUUUUGGUAAUUCCGAAGUCAAAAGGAAAUAUUAACAUUUAAAUGAAACUUCGGUGUAAUAAUGUCAUAGUAUAUAUUUCUCUUUUUAAAGUUCGUGGUAAACUGUCUGUGAAUGGCUUUAUGGAUAAUUACCUUAUGUUAAUCCAUGUAGUUUUAUUACCUGUGAUAUUUGGGAAAUAGGAGGUUACUUCCAAAACCUAUUGUUCACCCAAGGACUGCCUGCUGUCGAGAGGCUGCAAAAACGUCUACAUAAACUCUUGGGACCUGAUCCUUUUAUCUCAGAUCUUCUUAAGCUUUAUUCAGGGGGAGUUUGAGUUGUAAGACUGAGAUCUCCAGUCCUCUCUGGACCUCCCAGAUAUUGGACAUUGGACUAGAACGUGAUGAAAUGAUUCUGAAAAGGACUCUUUUCAAUUUAACGCGCCAUCUCGAUGGUGAAACUGACCUAAGGACUCUAUUCGCGUUUGUAUGUCUAAUGACCUUUUAGCCAAUACUGUCUUUUCUUCUUUUAAUAAAUCCUAGUUUAGUUAACAAGAA